AUGCGAAUGUAUAGGGAAGCUGUAUUCGUGUUAGCCCUUGCGGCUGUGAGCUUAGGGUCUAUUUUUGACGGUGAUUUUAAUAUUGCUGAUGGUGUGAGAUUAGUAAGCGUACCAGUGUCUAAUAGUUUAGAGGAUGAAGGCAGAAGUUACGGCGGGAACUCUGUACUCUUCAGGAUGGCGAAGUUCCUUCAGGGACACGAGCUGAUGGUGAAAUUGCCGAAACUGAUCGAAAAAGACAAGCUAACGGAGUUCUUCGCUGAUUCGUUGAAGACAGUCGACGAAACCUACAAGGAUACCAAAGUAACCGGACGAGGUAGCAAGGGCGGUGGGUAUGGAUUGGCCUUACUUGCGAUGAUGUUUGCAAAAGCACUUGGUGCGGCGGGAAUCGGAGGCCUAGCACUUUUGACUAUGAAGGUAAGAUGA